AAGGGCAAGCAUAUAUUUGUAAAAAGAAGAAUAAUAAAAGAGUCUCUUUGUGAUAAAUAAAUAAAAAAAAAUAAAAAAAGGAAGAAACAAAUUGAAGAUCGAAAAAUGUCGAGUGAGGAAUUCAGGCUAGUGUCGCCGACGAUAGACAACGAAGGGAAGCUGCCGAGAAAGUAUACAAUGGGAGGUCAAGGUGGUCAGACUAAUAUCUCUCCUCCUCUUGAAUGGUACAACGUUCCAGAAGAUACGAAAUCGCUAGCGGUGGUGGUGGAGGUCAUGGAUUCGCCGGAUGAUCCUAGUGCACCGCCCGUGCCGUGGACUGUGUGGGUGGUUGUCGAUAUUCCGCCGGAGAUGAAAGGUCUGCCGGAAGGAUUUUCCGGUAAGGAAGAGCAGGUCUCCGGCGCCGGUAUUCGAGAAGGGAAUAACGAUCACAAGGUCCCGGGAUGGCGUGGGCCCCUCAUGCCUAGUAACGAUCAGCGUUUCCAGUUCAAGCUCUUGGCUCUCGACGAUAAACCCAAACUUGGUCACACGGUGUCGAAAGAGAGAUUGUUGGACGCUGUUGAAGGCCACGUGCUUGGAGAAGCGAUUUUUACUUGCUUGGCUUGACUACUUGUCGUCGUCGUUUUUUUUUUUUUUUUAAAAUAUGGCUUUUGUAUCCAUAUGUCUUUGUUUCGACGUGUUGUUUUCGUUUUUGUUUUUCGUUUUUUUAAGAGUUGUGUGUUGUAUCUUUUUUUCUUUUAAUAAAAGUUGGCUUUUUCAUUAA